AUGGUGGUCGUGGUCGAGGACGACGCCGCAGAUGGCGCGAUGGCAGCAAGGGAGGAGGAGGAAGACCUUCUGGAAGGUGUACUGCUCAAGCGAGGAGGUUUGUUCUCUGGAUGGAAGGAGAGGCUCUUUGUUCUCACAACCAAGCACAUCGUGUACUACGAGUCUGGGAACUACAUGCUUGCAUCCAGGUCAUGCACAAUCAAGGGAUCCAUCCCUCUCAGCCAGGUCAAAUCUUUGGACUCGCUCCCAGAGAAGAAGCACGGGAAGCGAUUCUGCAUGGCGAUAUGCAGUCCGAGCACAACAUGGGUGGUCAGAGCAGACACAGAGUCAGACUUCAACCGCUGGAGGGACGCGAUAAGAAACGCCAUCGCCAACGCAAAACCAAAAGCUCCACAGUUUGGGGAAGUUUCAAGUUUUCUGAGUGCAGCAGGACAUCUGAACACAUCGAAUGAUCCUGCAAACCUGCAAGACAUCGAGUCUCCAACAUCUCCUGCACAAAACGACGGAGAGAAAUGUCAGUUUCCGGGUCAGAAAGUUGAGCAGCUCAGCAAGAUGAAGAUUGUUCAGCAUGCGAAGCUUGAGGAUGUGUAUACAAUUGGUCGUGUGAUAGAUCAGGGCAACAAUGGAAAGGUGUUUGAAGGCGUGGACAAGCGAAGUGGGGAACGAGUAGCGAUCAAGCAGAUAGAUGUGGGAUCGAGCGUUGAAGAUGACCGCAAUCACAUGGAGAUCUGGCAACAAGUUCAACAUGAGCACGUUGUUCGGCUGCUGGACUUCUAUCAGACGCCUUCACAGGUACGAUGA